ACAAAAACAAAACUGCUUUGUUUUAAAUGAAUCCUGGAGUUUAGUUCUUUGUACAUAAUUCUGGCAGCAGUGUACAUAAUUGACUUGAAAAGGCAAGGGCUAGGUAAGUUUGACUCAUAGCAGGUAUUCAACCCAAAAGACAAAUGAAAGUCAUAAGUGUUAACAUGCAGUCUCUGUAAAUCUAGGCCCACUCUUAAAGUCAGGCCAAAGUGGUGCUAAUAAGUAGAACUAACUAUGAUCUUCUAGCAGGGGCUCUUUGAACCAUGAAUGACUGUUGGAGUUUAGACUUAUAGGCAGAACUGCCUCUUUGGCACCAAGGCAACUUAUUUACAUGGCACAUAAUGAAUUUUAACAUCUAAUGACCUUAUGUUUUGAACUUCACUUAAAAUCCACCAUUUUAUUUCUCUAUUUGAUAAGAGAACUGUGAAUCAUUACUGUACAUUAGCACCUACAGAGCUCCUUUAUAUUUUGUUUCUCUUUUUCGCUUUCUUUAUUUCUCUAAAUAUAAAGUUUUUGUUUUUUAUUUUUGCCGGCCCUCCAUUAGGGCCUGAGACAGUAGAGCCCACUUGGCUCUACAUUGGACUUGGCUAAGCUAAUAGGAAGGAAAUAUGCAUGGGCGAGGAAUGGCCUCUUCUCUUUAAAAAAGAAAACAAAAAUUAAACUCUCCAUAGCUGACAGGAAGGAAUUGGGAGGGACAGAAUUUCAUUUUUGGUGUUCAGACAAACAUGCUGUUUGCGUAAUGGUUCUUUGUUUGUAUGUAGAAGAAAAGUACAAUUUCUCCUUGCAAAGACAGUUUGGGAACAAUAUAGCCUGAUUGACAAAUACGAAAUACUAUUGACUCACUACUUUACAUUAGUUUUUAUUUAUUUAUUUUUUAUGGUUUUUGUAGAGAUGGAGUCUUGCUGUGUUGUCCAGGCCAAACUUGAACCCCUAGGCUCAAGCAACCCUCCCACCUCAGCCUCCCGAGUAGCUGGGUCUACAGAUGCUCGCUACCAUGCCCAGCUUAGUUUUUAUUUUUAUUCAACAUUAUUGUUAUUCUAGAAUGUUCUUCUAAUUACCAUCAAUAAAAGACAAAUAUUUAAAGUUUUUAACCAUUGUAAAACUGCAAAAACUAAAAUAUAGUACAAUUUGGAGUAAGAUAUAAAGUAAUGGAUUAUCAGUUUCUGAGAUAAAAAAGUAUUUCCAGUGUUCUAAAGGUAAUUAAGUAGAUAGAGUCAUGGUCAUAUUUAACUGCUGAGGUAACUUUUUUAGUACUUUUCAGGUUUUGCCAUAAAGACCAUUAUUUUUAGUUUUUCAGUGGAAGACAAAUCAGAGAUUUUCCUUCAGUAGCAGAAGAGACCGGGGUUAAAACCAGGGAUACUUCUGGUUUUGUAAAUACUGGACAUUUAUUUAAAGCAUGUUGAUUAGAGAUAUUGGGGGAAAUUAAGGUAAUUUCUGUCAAGAAAGUAUGCCUCAUAGUGAUAAGUGCACAGGGUACUAGAAUAUACUCAGACUUUUUUGUUCCAUUUUAAAAGGACACUGGUAUCUUGGGACUAGAGUGAAUGUGACAGUAAUUAACAAAAUAUAGUGAAAAAAGUAAUAUCAUAGAGUAAAAGGGGGAAAUAUCCCAGUAUUAGAUAUUACAUAUAUAAACCUAAAAGCCCAUUUAGACAUAAUUUUUAUUAUUUGCUAAUACUCCAGGGAUGCCUUCUAUACUACAUUCUGAUGUUACUGAGACAGUUUUAUCAAGGUUUUUAUCUAUUUAAGUCUUAGGAAAUCUCUGUUAACUUUAUUACUAUAUUACAGUUAUUGCUACCAAUAUUCCAAGGUGCUUGGAAACAUUGUUUUGAGUUAGUGAUCUGUAGUUAGCCUGUAAAGAGAUGUAAGUCCAGCGUUUGCAUUAGAUAGCCUUUUUCUUUUCUUGUAAUUUCUGCACCGUUUGGUAAGUUAAAUGUCCAGUGUAAUUAAUGGAUUUGUUUCACAAUGGUUGUGCUGGUGGAGACAUUGUUUGAAAGUUGAGAAGGAAAAGAAGAAAACAAAAGGAUUAAUGCGUGAAUAUAUUUUAGUACUAAAAAGCGUGUAUGCUUUAAAGUUUCUUCCAAAAUAAGUUUAAAUAAGAAGGUCAUAUUUUUGGCCAUCAUUAUUUACUUGUUAUACAGGCUGUGUUAUAAUUUAGAGGAAAACAAGUUUUGGAAAGAGAGAAGCCUCAGAAAAACUUUCUAUUGCCUGGGUGUGGGCCAGGUCACAUGGAUUGGGUGUGGGAAGUUUCAGUGUUGCAGAACAGACCAGGAAGCUCACUGAGAAUUAUCCUGACAAAAGAGAACACGGAAUUUUUCUUCAAAAUGGAUUGGUUAAAUGUCUUUAAAGAUUUUUUCAGCAUUGGAAAAGUGAAAAGAAAACCUAGUGUGCCAGAUUCUGCAUCUCCUGCUGAUGAUAGUUUUGUUGACCCAGGGGAACGUCUCUAUGACCUCAACAUGCCCGCUUAUGUGAAAUUUAACUACAUGGCUGAGAGAGAGGAUGAAUUAUCAUUGAUAAAGGGGACAAAGGUGAUCGUCAUGGAGAAAUGCAGUGAUGGGUGGUGGCGUGGUAGCUACAAUGGACAAGUUGGAUGGUUCCCUUCAAACUAUGUAACUGAAGAAAGUGACAGUCCUUUGGGUGACCAUGUGGGUUCUCUGUCAGAGAAAUUAGCAGCAGUCGUCAAUAACCUAAAUACUGGGCAAGUGUUGCAUGUGGUACAGGCUCUUUACCCAUUCAGCUCAUCUAACGAUGAAGAACUUAAUUUUGAGAAAGGAGAUAUAAUGGAUGUUAUUGAAAAACCCGAAAAUGACCCAGAGUGGUGGAAAUGCAGAAAGAUCAAUGGUAUGGUUGGUCUAGUACCAAAAAACUAUGUUACCAUUAUGCAGAAUAAUCCAUUAACCUCAGGUUUGGAACCAUCACCUCCACAGUGUGAUUACAUUAGGCCUUCACUCACUGGAAAGUUUGCUGGCAAUCCUUGGUAUUAUGGCAAAGUCACCAGGCAUCAAGCAGAAAUGGCAUUAAAUGAAAGAGGACAUGAAGGGGAUUUCCUCAUUCGUGAUAGUGAAUCUUCGCCAAAUGAUUUCUCAGUAUCACUAAAAGCUCAAGGGAAAAACAAGCAUUUUAAAGUCCAACUAAAAGAAACUGUCUACUGCAUUGGGCAGCGCAAAUUCAGCACCAUGGAAGAACUUGUAGAACAUUACAAAAAGGCACCAAUUUUUACAAGUGAACAAGGAGAAAAAUUAUAUCUUGUCAAGCAUUUAUCAUGAUACUGCUGACCAGAAGUGACUGCUGUAUAGCUGUAAUUUAACGUGUAAUUGAACACUGAGAAAAUGUUGGGUCCAGUUGUGCUUGAUUGGAAAUUGCUGUUUCUAACUCUAUAUGAGAAUGACUAUAAUAAUAUUUUUAUUAUAACUCAGCCCAUACAUAUAUACUUUGUAUGCAGUGCAUCUGCAUAAAAUAAUUCCUUAUCCUUGGUCUUCUGUUUUAUUGUUUUCUUCUUUGCUGUUUUUGCUUUGCUUCUAAUAUUACUGUUUUGUAUUUUGAAAAAAAAAAAAAUCAAAUAAUGCAGAUCAGAAUCUUUAUAUGGAAGAAAUCCUUUAUUGCCUUUCCUUUAUUUCCUUGUAAAGGAACCCUGUUAGUUCUGUUAUGAUCUCUCUUUAUAUAAAAUUAUUAUAUCUAUAUAUGACAUAUGCUAAAAUAAAUUUCUUGGAGAGUGUUAAUCUUUUCUGUGACUAAAUAGCAAUAAUAAAUGGAAAAUUAGAAAUUAUUUCCAGGUAUUAUAUUUGUCACAGGUAAUUGUAACCAAGUAUAUUGUGUCUGCCAUGAUUUUUAAAAAUUCAUUCAUUGUCUUCAGUCAUACAGCAAGACACAUGAGACAUAGGUUAGAAAACAUGUUGUACAAUUUUAAUUUACAACUGUUGGAAACAAAGAUCACUAAAUUCUU